UGUUGAUGUUGAUGUUGAUAUUUGUGUGAGAGAUUGAGUUUCAUUGUUGUUUGUUCCUCAGCAAAAUGUCUCAGAUACCUAGCGACAGGCAGCCAAGGCACCCCGCUACGUAAACGACAUCCAUCCGCAUCUCGUGUCUCGUCCAUUCCACCACCUCUUCCAUUGCAUCCCAUGACUCGCAGGCAACGACGAAGUCACAAUACAACUUCAACAAUAGCUGUUCCUCCUUCUCUUUAACAUCAUGAACACCUAACACCUCGAAUUCUCCCUCGAACACACAACAAACAUGGAAAUAACAAACGCGCAAGCCUACUUCAUUACCCCUCCAUCCUCGCUUUCGAACCUCCCAUCCGAACUCCUACUCCACAUCCUCUCGUACCUCGACAUACCCGACCUCCUAAAUCUCUCUCGAACCUCGCAUCUCUUCCGCCAGCUCUCACUCGAUCCUCUACUGCACUCCUUCCGUCUGCAUCGCGCCUCGUUCACCAUCGAGCGCUCUCUUCCUCUCCGCCCUCCUCUCGCAACCCUCAUGGCACACAGAAUCUACAUCACACGCACGACCCUCGCAGCCCGCAACCUCGGCCGAAACCUCAUCAAAAUAAAGCUCAACAGACAACUACUGAAGCGUCCCAGUGCAGAGGAGCUCGUCGAACUUGGGGUUCUGCCCGCAGAGUGCUUUCGGCGGGGCGGCGGGCUCGCACCGGGCCUGGUGGAGACGAAGAGGAAGAUUGAGAAGGAGAGAAUUAAGGAUUUGUUGAGGGGUUGGGUAGAGGAGUGGAGGAGACGCGGAGACGAAAAUUUGAGAGGCAAAGGGGAUGAACAGAAGCCGGAUGUGAGGAGGAUCGCGAGACGCUUUGCGAGGGAAAGCAGUGGCGGGUUGAGAGAGACUCCGAGGUGGGGAAGAAGGGUCGAUGUUAAAGAGGCUCCGACCAGAGCAAAGGUGCUGGGUCUAAGGAGGUUCUGGGAGAAGGUGGGAAGAGAUGGGAGUGUGUCUGCAGGUUGAAGACCAUUCCGGGCAAUGGCAUUGGCGUUUCAUGAUGGAGUCAGGUAUGGGUUUUUUGGUACGAUAUGGCAUAGCUUGCUUUGAAUCUAGGGGUUCUGGAAGAUGUUCACAAUUUGUCAGAAGCAUCUGCUGUCUCUGAGAUUUGGGCUGAAAUUCUGCAGUGUGGCAU